AUGUCUGAGCGAAAACCCCCCUUGGAUAGCCCCGAGGCUACCCCCGAUGCUCAACACUCAGACAAUGCUCUGAGCUCCAGCGACCCCUCGGACGACGGCCUAGUUCCCCCAAUCGAGAAGGACGAAAAUGGCGGUAUCGUCCCCGAUGAUCCCUACGAACUAAAAGAAGAUCAGUGCUACGAUAAAUUGGGCUACUGUUGGCCCCGAUGGAAGAAAUGGUCGUACCUUGUGGCUGUUGCUUUUGUGCAGGUGUCCAUGAACUUCAAUACUUCUGUUUUCCCCAAUGCAGUGAUUCCACUCUCAAAGGCCUUUGACAUUAGUCAACAACACGCGCGGACUGGUCAAAUGGCCUACCUUGUCACCUAUUCUAUUGGAUGUGAGCUUUGGGCGCCGUGGAGUGAGGAGUUCGGCCGAUGGCCCAUCCUCCAGCUCUCAAUGUUUUUGAUUAACAUCUGGCAACUCCCCGCUGCAUUGGCUCCUAAUUGGGGAUCCGUUGUCGUCGCCCGUGCCUUGGGUGGAAUUUCUACCGCCGGUGGUAGUGUCACCCUAGGUCUAAUCGCCGAUAUAUACGAACCUGAUUCACAGCAAUUCCCUCUGGCCUUUAUCGUGUUUUCCUCCUGUAUUGGAACGAGUAUUGGUGGUGUCAUCGGUGGUCCAAUUGAGCGAUUCCUUGAUUGGCAGUGGUUCUUCUGGAUCCAGCUCAUUUUCGGAGCCGUCACUCAAGCGAUCAUCUUCUUCAUGCCUGAGAGUCGUUCGACGAUUCUUAUCGACAGAGAAGCGAAGCGUCGCCGCAAGACCGGAGAAGACCCGAACUGUUACGGACCAAACGAGCUCAAGAAGCCUCGCAUUUCCCUCAAGGAGGCUGGUAAAAUUUGGAUCAGACCCUUCCACAUGCUGCUACGCGAGCCCAUCGUUUUAUGUCUUUCUCUUCUAUCCGGAUUCUCCGAUGCACUUAUCUUCACCUUCCUGGAGAGUUUCACAACCGUGUACGAGCAGGGCUGGGAUUUUGGAAUUUUGGCUUGUGCUUGGGCUGUUAUCCCAAUCAACCUUGCCUACUUACUCACAUAUAUUUCCUACUUCCCUUGGUUUGCUAGAGAUGAACAUCUUCGCAAGAAACAUGGCAACGAAGCAAUCCCGCCUGAACGUCGCCUCAAGUGGCUUCUGUGGCUUGCGCCAUUCGAGCCGAUCGGCCUGUUCGGUUUUGCCUGGACAUCUUUCGGCAAAGAGCGCGGUAUUCCAUGGAUUGCAUCCAUGAUAUUCUCUACGAUGGUCGGAAUCGCCAAUUACGCUAUCUAUCUAUCGUCUGUGGAUUAUAUGAUCGCAUCCUACGGUGUGUAUUCGGCUUCUGCUUGUGGUGGUAACGCCUUCGCUCGUGAUCUUCUGGCUGGUAUUUCAGCAAUGUAUGCCACCCCAAUGUACACCAAUAUCGGCAGCAAAUGGCAUGUUCAAUAUGCCAGUACAAUUCUGGGUUGUCUGUCUUGCCUAGUCGUGGCUCCCAUUUAUGUGUUCUACUGGAAGGGGCCACAGAUCCGCGAGAACAGCAAAUUCGCCAAGUCUCUUGCUGCCGACCGAGAAAAGAACAAUGGUCGACGAGUCAGUCAGCCUUCGUUUGAACCUUAA